UCGUCGGCUCAACAACCGGCCGCCCCAUUCCAUUGCUUGCUCGUCGGCUCAACAAACUGGUUAUCUGAACGAGCUCUUGCAAUCCACGGCUGCGACUCAAGAAUUUGGAGAUCAGCGAGGAGCAGCACCGCCAACCACCACCGCAGAAUGCAGACACUGGCGCCGGCGGUGGAGCGGAACCAGAAGCAACAGCGCAGCGGGGGGCUCAGCUGCCAGAGAACGCCGCCGCCGCCGGGCUGCUUCACCAUCCAGCUGCUCAUGGUCUUCCUCUGGGCGGCCGCCUCGCUCGCCUUCCUGCCGCUCGUGCUGCCACCUUUGCCACCGCCGCCGCUCUCGCUGCUGCUGGUACCCGUCUGCCUGCUCGCCGUCCUCGUCGCGCUAGCGUUCGUCCCGCUCGAUGCCCACAACAACGUCGUCGGCUCCUCUUGCUUGUAGAAGAGAUAUACUCUGCACUUUUCCCCAUUCAUAGCUUUUAGCUGUUCUAGAUCUAGCGUAUAGCGUUGUAGUAUAGUACACAUUGUAUAGUUCUUGAAAUAUUAGAUUGAUUAAUUGACGGCCCUUUUCUGGUUUUGUUACUGGUCGACCGAUCACCUGAAUUCCAGCAGUACGUCAUUUGAUCUCACGAA